GUUGAAACCCGAGGCGAAGCUAGCUCGGAUCUGCUCGAUUGUCGAGGGAAAACGUGCUUUGCUGCAGACUGGAAAAUAUGGAGAAGAACUGAGGGUAUCCAAAUGGCAAUCGCUACAGACUGCCUUUCCCAUGUUCGCUCCUUCAUCCCGCAUGAACGCCUCAAUAUUCAAAAGAUUGUCUGCUUGGGACUGGGCCCAGUCAGGGACAGCCGUGCUGCACAGCUUCAGCUAGCAUUCUUGCUGUUGCUGCGCGAGGUCUUGGUAGAGACGAGUGGCACCUCCGGAGACCAGGUGCCCACUGUCGCUUUUGACCCGAUUUUUGAUGAAGAUGAUUGGGCUGUGCUCUCUAAUUACUCCGUCCUCUCAUGCAAAGACGCUGAAGAGGAUGACCGCCUCGUCGCAUCGCAGUCUACGGUCUUUUUCAUGCCGCAUUGCGAACGCACCUUGUAUGAAAAGCUGUGGAGCCUGAACAGCCUUCGAGACACAUCGCAUAAUGUCAUCCUGAUCGGCAAUGACCACCAGCUCUAUGAUAUGAGCGCGACCGACUCGCACUUGGCAGCGGAAGCGCCCUCCAUUGCAAGAUUGCUACCGCGCCUGAAAUGUUACCCUAUUCCAGACGCUCCGAAGCCCAUGACAGAGGCCUUUCAGUCACAAGCAUUUCAAUGGGUAGCAGACGCGCCGGCCGCUGAGCGACUUCCGUAACUUUGCACGCGUCUCGCAUACGGUGGUAUAGUGGUACAUAGACGAGAGGGUGAGAGCGACGGGUAUCUUAUGUACGGUCAAUCAAAGA